GGUAUAUAUAGUCAAGAAUAUAUUACCAUAAAACACAUUUGUUUCAGCCUAAAGAACAUUGCAUAAAAGGGAAAAUGAAGUUCAAACUUACCUUUGCAUUCAUCCUGUUAAUUGCCGUGAUCAAUUUCGAGUUGGGAGAGUCCUGGCGUCGCAGACGAACCUGGCGACGACGAACUUGGCGAAGAAGGACUUGGACACGCAGAAGGACUUGGUCACGUAGAAGGACUUGGUCCCGCAGAAGACAUAUUUGGCUUGGUGAUGCUGAAAGUGAAAACGCAAACAAAAUGAAAAGCAUGAUGAAUGAAGAGAUGGCUGACAACGAUGAUCAAGAAACUAAGGAGCAAAUGGAGCAUCUCGACCCAGAUGAAUUGAGAAUCCUUCAACUUCGAGAAGAUGAUGCCAAUGAUGACAACGACGAAGCGGAAGAUCUGUUUGCUAAUCUCCAAGAAGAUUAAAUGAUUGGAAAACUUCCUUCAUUGUAUACUUGUUUGUAAAUCCAACCGAAUUUGCUUUCUGAUUAGACCUCGAUUUCUGUUUUUCGCAUUUUUAUUCAGACAAGAAAUAUAAAUACUUGAUGAAAUGAUGAU